UUUAUCUUUUUUGGGGAGAAACUCCAUCUAGUAUGGAUGGAGAAUCUCCGGCAAAGUUUCCUUUUUUGGGGAAGAAGAUGGGAGAUAUCCAUCGAUUCAUUUCGGGAGAAGAUGAAAUGACAAGAAGAUUUAUUUUUAGAUGUGAUGUUAUUUUCUAGGAGAUUGGAUUUGGAUGGAAACUGAGUUAUUUUAUUUUAUUUUCUCUGAUUUGAUUGAGAAGGAUUUCCCUGUAACUUUUCCUGUAUGAUGUUUUGCUUGAUUGCAGAGGCUUAGAUUAAGGUGUUAUACAGGAUUUCUUUUCAGAUUCUAGUUUGGCUUUAGGAACUAUCGUUUUUGGUGUGGGCAUGAGUAGAAAUGGGUUUUUUGGUGCCUGAACUGAGUGAAAAAUAGAAAUUUUCGAAUCUUUUACUUUGCAACUGAUUCUUUUACCUUCUCUCUCUAUUUAUUUUUGGUUGGGUUGGGAGUUUUGGUUGGAUAAAUGGGGAUUAGGAUUAAGUUUUCGUUGGAUAAAUGGGAUUGGGUUUAACUUUGUUGUGACUAUUGUUUUGCGUUGGAAUGUAGAAAGUCGGCACUGCUGGGACUUGAAAUGUUUCUCUUUUCAAUUUUGUUAACAUAAAUGGGCUUCUCUUGAAUUCUUUUAAUUGUAUAGUUGCAGAAGAGAAGAAUUUUUGAGAUUUUCUGUAGCUGCUUUUUGAAGUUUUUCCCCCUUAUCUUUUUGUAUAGUUUCUCAAGUGGGAACUGUAGAGGGAUCCUCUCCUGUUCAAAACCAUUUCUCAGUCCUUUUUAAGUACAAUUGGUAUUUUGUUGUAAUGAAAAGGUAGCACGAGCUCUGUCGUUGCUCCUUUUUCUUUUUUUCCUAGGGGACUGGAUUGAUGAGUUUUUCUUUUUAGAAAUACACUUCUUGUGAAAUUUUCUUUAUAGGAUGGUUUUGGAAGAUAGGGUAUUAUUUGAAGGGUAGCUGUAAAUAGGGUGUUUAUGCUUUUAAUCCUUUGGUUCUGCAACAAAUAUAAAGACUGGAGCCAUGCGUUUUCAUAGAGCUACUGUAUUGUUUGGUCUAUGUGUGGAGAUGAAGACAUUGGAGGUUAAAAACAUGAAAAUAGUUUUAUUUUUCUAUAUCAUCUGGAUAUGCAAGGAUAUUCCCACAUGAGGAACUAAGGGGUUUACGACCCUUGCUGUAACCAAAAAUAAAGAAAAUGAAAAUGAAAUGUUUUUUCUUGAAAUUUACUUAUAAAUAUCUGCAGGGGAAAUCAGGUCUUUUAGAGUCUUGGAAGGGUAUAAUUUGAAAGAAAAUGAGGUGCGGAUUUCUCAAGAAAAAUAAGAUGUGGAUUUCUGAAAUUUUUUUUUUUCUUUUUUGCUGUUUAUUGCAGCAAAUGACAAAACUGAAGAUUGGAGAAGCUCUGUUUCAAAGGUUAAGGAUGGAUUCAGAUGCAUGUUCCUUUGAAUGCUUAAGCCUUAGGGGUCUUUGACUCAUGAGAUCUGAUGGCAUGGUUGGAUAGAAUCGUUCAUCUGAAAAAGAUAACUGAUUGGGGAAAGAUAUCAUAUAUUUCUUACCAGUGUUGGAAUGAAUUGGAGUUUGUCCUUUUACGGUAGUGAAGGGUGUGUGACUGGUGAUUUUUCUCUCUUUCUCCUCCUCUUCGUUUUAUACAAAGAUCCAUGAGUAUAAUUGGACUUUCUUGGGUUCCAUAUCUUUGGGAUAUCAUCAUUAUCAGAGCAUGCCAAUGUCAUAAAAGAAGGUUGGGACAAAGUAGAUUCAUUGGAUGAGAAAGAAGAUAGAUCUCCAUGGAUUUUACAAAUUUACAAUUUCCUAAGCUGAUCCACUGCCAUAUGAAGCCAAUUAUAUGCAGGUGCUUUGUGUUGAUGAUCUUCAUUCUUGUAUUGAGAACUGUUCUUCUUUAUCCCUUCCCUGGUGUUCAUUGGUUUCAACAGAGGGGCUCUUUCUGGAUAUCUGCCUCUACUGCUUCUAAUUCACAAUUAGAUGUCAGAAGAGACAAAUUCGUGGAGGUUCCUCAGAUUGUUUGGGGUCUGAAUAAUCAGAAAAUAGCAUUUGCAAGAGCAAUUUUGACCGCAAGAUUUUUGAAUCGAACUCUUCUAAUGCCUAGCUUGAGUGCUUCUCUGUUUUACAAAGAAAUUGACUUACUGGAACCAAUUUCAUUUGAUAAGUUGUUCCAUUUGGAGAAGUUCAAUUCCCUCUGCUAUGGGUUUGUCCAUGUGGGCCGUUAUUCUGAUCUCUUGAAUCAAACCAAGCCGUUUGAGCUCCAGAAGGGAAGUGGUAGGAAGUGGACUAAAGAGCGAGACCUGAAUCAGCUAAAACAAUGCAAGGAGAAUUCAAUUGACAAGUUUGAGGUAAUUCGGAUUGUUGGAAAGCAUCCUUUCCUUUGGCAUGAUCAUUGGCCUGUCAAGGACUAUGCAAAGAUUUUUGAGUGUCUGGUAUUGGUUGAUGUAAUAGAAAACGAGGUGAUGAAGGUUAUAUCCAGGAUUAGAGAGAUAGGUGUUAAGGAAAGAAGUAAAGUUGAUAUUGCUAAGAAUGAAUUAAACUCGGAUGGAUCAGUAGACCAACCUGCGCCUUAUAUAGCUGUCCACAUGAGGAUAGAGAAAGACUGGAUGAUCCAUUGUAAGAAGCGGGAGAAGAAAUCAAAUAUCAGUCAGAUCUGUAGUAGUAAAGAAGAGGUUAUGGAAAUGGUAGCCCACAUCACUGGCUUACAACGGCCAAUUGUGGUUUAUCUUGCAGUCGCUGAUAGCCUCUUAGAAGAUGGUUCUAUAUUGAGUGGUUGGAAAGAUGGUCUUCUUCCUUAUGAGAAAAAGAGAUUGGGGGUCAGGGAUAUCUACAAGAAGUACCCUUACCUCAUCCAGUCUGCAAUUGACUAUGAGGUUUGCUCAAGAGCUGAUGUUUUUGUUGGCAAUAGUUUCUCUACAUUUUCUGGCCUCAUAGUGCUAUCAAGAACACAAAAGUUGAUUGGCAUGGGCAUUACAAGGGCAUGUGGAAUUGAUGUCGGGCUUGCAUCAUAUGCUUACAAUAUAUUGGGAGAAUCCGGGGGCCCAAAGAUGUGGAUGACAGAUAUGUCUGCGUCAAGCCUUCAAAGCAUCAGCUAUGGGACGAACAAUAUCUCAUGCUAUAGCAACUCAAAAGCAAGGCUGUUAUAAAAACUAGUCAAGUAGAUGAAAGGCGUAUAGUUUGGGAAAGUUAUUCUUUUAUUAUAUCUCAUACCAGUUUGAGCGGAUCCAGAUCUUGAUAACCUCUUAUGAAUCACACUCCUUUAAACCUGGCUUGUCGAUCGGAGUCCACAUGCAAAUGCAAUUGUUGACUUGCAACUAUAACAUGACAUGACACAGCAACCUAAUCUACAGCAUUAUUCGGUAUCAUUACAAUGUGGUAUGUGAGUAAUACAGCAAAAGCAUUUCGUGGUAUUAUUCAUGUUUAAUUUAUUUAAUUUUCUAUAUCAUAAUGGCUGCUGAUCUUUUGGGAAGCCUCAGUCUUAGGUUGAUAGACAUUCAACUCAAAAGGCCUUAUUGUUUGUACAUGUUAAAUAGAAGAACAAAUGUUGCUUGUUUCUUUCUGUUUUGGAAGCUAAGACUGUCAUUUUCUGUUUUGAAUCAUGAUGCAUUAUUCUCUCCAAUGCUCAUGAAAGUUGCUAAUUACAAAAAUUAUGCUUGAGGCCAUGAUGUAUGCUAUGAUUA